GACGUUUAUUUUUAUUAUUAUUUUUUGUUGAUCAGAGGUUUUUUUGUUUUUAGUGAUUUUAUUAAUACAUAUAAAAAUUUAGUAAAAAGUAUUUAUGUUAUGAAAAUUAAAUUUUUUUAUCAAAAGAUAAAGGGAAAAAAUUUCAAUAAUGUGUGUGUGUUGAAGUUUACAUGAAAUAACGGCGCCAAUUGGUCUUGCUUAAUCUUGAAUAAAUAAAUGAGAAGUGCCUGAAAAUGUGUUUAAAAUGAAAGUUUAAAAUUUAUUUGCUAAAAAAAAAUGUAAUAAAAAAGGUAUAUUGUGUUUGAAUUGCGGUACUCGGCGUGUUGCAUUUAAAAUUCUACCGUUCGAUUAUUCUCAGUUUUUACGUAGCGUUUAUAAUUUCUUGUUAGAAUUUUCUGAGCAGCUGCGCGUAGUUUUCUUGUUUUUGUUUACAAAUUUAUUAUUUUGUUGUGUUGUGAUCGCGUUUGUAGUGAGAAAUGAAAUUUUCCAAUGUUUUCCACAACAAAUGCUAAAGUUAAGUUACCCAAUGAGUCUGCGCCGACGCUGCGUUGCCUUUUGCAGGGCUCAUUUCGCGAAUUCCAUUUUACCUCAACCGAUCAUCGUAUUACGCCGGUGCACGAUAUUGUCUUUCUCGAUGAGGUCGACAAUUGCAGUGUUAAGCCGCUUAUUUAUCGUCCAGUACCAACAACACCUGAAGUCAUCGAUUCUCCAAAUGGGUAA